AAAAGCACCUUCAUCACGUUCUUUUUCAAACACUCUCCAAAUUUAUUGGCUCACCUCUCAUCAAACAACACCAAACGUCAAUUUUUCUCCCCUUUUCUUCUCUCUCUCUCUCGCUGUUUCAUUCUUUCUCCAAACUUCCGUAAACAACAUUCUUCUUCUUCUUCUUCUUCUCUUUCUCUCUCCAAAUUUCUCGCAAGUUUUUUUUUUUUUUUUUUUUUUUGCAGUUAUGAGAAUUUAUUCGUUCUACGAAAAUGCUUUUAGAGCCUUCCGUAAUCAUCCAUCGCUUUCUAAGCUUCUCGUCGUUGUCGCCGUCAGUGGGAGUGCUGGUGGCGGUCUUCUGGCUUAUUCAGAUUCAAAGCCAUACAACGCCGAAAAUGUAGUAGCUACACCUGAAGCUGAAAUUAAGAGAAAGAAGGUAGUGGUGCUUGGAACUGGUUGGGCUGGAUACAGUUUCUUGAAGGACCUAAAGAAUCCUUCAUAUGAUGUUCAUGUCAUCAGUCCUCGUAAUUACUUUGCAUUCACCCCUUUGCUACCAAGUGUCACCGUUGGAACCGUUGAAGCCCGUAGUAUAUGUGAACCAAUUCGCAAGAUGAUUAAAAAGAAAGAUGUUAGUGUUAGUUACUGGGAAGCUGAAUGUCUCAGUAUAGAUCCUGUAAACAAGAAAGUGAAUUGUCGGUCAACUCAGGAUGCUGCUGUGAACGAUAAAGCUGAUUUUUCUGUGGACUAUGACUACCUUGUCAUCGCUAUUGGAGCUCGCUCCAACACAUUCAACACCCCUGGGGUGGAGGAGAAUGCCCAUUUCUUGAAGGAGGUGGAGGAUGCUCAAAAGAUUCGUCAGAGUAUAAUUGAUUGUUUUGAGAAGGCCGCCCUCCCAACACUUAGUGAGGAUGAGAGGAAGAGAAUUCUUCAUUUUGUUGUUGUUGGUGGUGGCCCAACUGGUGUUGAGUUUGCUGCAGAACUUCAUGAUUUUGUGAAUGAAGAUUUAGUGAAAUUGUAUCCCAAGGUGAAGGAGCUUGUCAAAAUAACACUGCUGGAGGCAACAGAUCAUAUAUUGAAUAUGUUUGAUAAAAGAAUCACAGCAUUUGCGGAGGAGAAGUUCCACAGGGAUGGUAUCAACCUGCAAACUGGGUCAAUGGUUGUGAAAGUGACUGACAAAGAAAUAUCAACCAAAGCACUCAAGAAUGGUGGGAAAAUAUCCUCCAUGCCAUAUGGAAUGCUAGUCUGGUCUACCGGCAUUGGACCUCGUCCAGUGAUAACACAAUUUAUGAAGCAAAUUGGUCAAGGUAAUAGGCGUGCCUUGGGAACUGACGAGUGGCUUAGAGUGGAGGGAACUGGUGAAAUAUAUGCAUUGGGUGAUUCUGCUACCAUAGUCCAGCGCAAAGUCAUGGAAGAUAUUGCAGAGAUAUUCAAGAAAGCUGACAAGGAUAACUCUGGAACUUUGACUGUGAAAGAAAUGCACGAGCUAGUUGAUGAUAUUUUGGAACGAUACCCGCAAAUUGAACUUUACCUCAAGAACAGGCAAAUGAAGAGUAUUGUUGAUCUGAUGACGGACGCGAAAGGGGAUGCAAAAAAGGAAUCCGUCGAAUUGAAUAUUGAAGAAUUCAGAAAAGCUCUUUCACAAGUGGAUUCUCAGAUGAAAAAUCUUCCAGCAACUGCCCAGGUUGCUGCUCAGCAAGGUACCUAUCUAGCUGACUGUUUCAAUCGGAUGGAAGAGUGUGAAAAGAACCCGCAAGGCCCCAUCAGAAUCAGAGGAGAAGGUCGCCAUCGUUUUAAACCUUUCAGGUAUCGCCAUUUUGGUCAAUUUGCUCCACUGGGAGGAGAGCAAGCUGCAGCUCAGCUUCCUGGCGAUUGGGUUUCCAUCGGGCACAGCACUCAGUGGUUGUGGUACUCUGUAUAUGCGAGCAAACAAGUCAGCUGGCGUACAAGAGCUUUGGUAGUUGGAGACUGGACAAGGCGUUUCAUGUUUGGUCGUGAUUCUAGUCGCAUUUAGAUCUGGCUUAUGGUGGAACUGCUCAAGGCUCUUAUAGUGAACUACCUGCGUAUCAAAAUCUCAAAAUAAUACUUCCUAAUCACACAUGCAUUAUACAUGCACAUAGCACCAUUGGAGGUGGCAAAUUUUGUCUAGAUUUCUUGAUUCUUUUUUGUGCUCUCUAGAACAUAAAUGUUGAUGAUUGACACAAAUUGGUGAGAUCGGAUGCACACACACAAGAAUAGUGUUUACUGCAAUAAUCGUAGCUUCCACAAGUUUUGGAUUAUUUAUGGAAAAUAUUAGUGAUUGGACAUCAAAAUUGAAGGUCCAUAUCGAGAUGCAAAUUGCUUGCUAUGAAUAUUGCACAGGUACUAGUUAUGUGUUGAUUGGGCUUUAAUCAAUUUGCUUUCAUA